AUGGACGCAAUGACCAGCUGGAAGUGCGGCGGGCGUGGUCUCCUCAAGGGACUCCUUCUCAUCGGAUCCCUUGCAACCUUGGCCCGCGGAGACCAGUUCCAUGUCCAGCGCACGGCGCGAUACCAAGAGCUGGACGUGCGGAGCCCCAGAAUCGGACAUGUCUUGGCUCACAUGGACCGUAUUGCAUACGAGGCAGACGUCACGGCUAGCACGACCUCGCCGCCGGCAGCAACGACAACACCACUGCUGGAUACCUUUCAAGUGGCGCAACCCGUACUGGAACCCACGGGGCAAGCGGUUACGGUCACGUUGAUGGAUCACCAAUUCGCAUACAGUUACGGCAUCCCCUUUGUUGCAAGCUAUUCGCCUCCUGACUUUGACUUUGAUCACGUCGUGCUCAACUUCACCGUCGAGGUCAGGGGAAGGCAGUACGAUCGCUGGGGCUCCGUGUACCUGGGCGACGUCAACAUCUUCUCGACCUCCACCGCCGAACCCACGUCGUACGGCAUCACCUGGACCUGGUUAAAGGAUAGCACGCCGUAUCUAUCCCUUUGGAGGGAGCCACAGACUCUCAUCUUCCAACUCGACAACGUCGUCACCGACGUCUACACGGGUCUCCUAAACUCCACACUUACGGCCACCUAUUUCAAGAGUCCUGUUCAAAGCGGCGGGCAAGCGCCUGCGGACCUCAUCCUGCCAGUCUCCGCAAACAAGAGCCCGGCCACCGCCAGCUUCUGGACCUACCCGGAAGAGAAUGCAUCCGCCUCUGUCCUAUUCCCCCGCAAUGUGAACCGGGCCGUGUUCUCCACGUCUGUGAAAGGACAAGGGAACGAGGAAUUUUGGUGGAGCAACGUCCCGCAGUCAGCUGUGGAUGCUUUCGAUCCGGACGUCGGUAGCUAUCCGGGAUACUCGCCCUUCCGAGAAGUCCAAGUCCUCAUCGACGGGCACUUGGCCGGCGUGCACUGGCCCUUCCCGGACAUCUUCACAGGCGGUGUGGUGCCGCAGCUGCACCGCCCGAUUGUCGGCAUCAACGCAUUCGACUUGCGCGACCACGAGAUUGACAUCAGCCCGUGGCUGCCCCUGCUCUGUGACGGAAAGAACCACACGUUCAGCAUCAAGGUAGUCGGGCUCGUGGAUGACGGCAAGUCGAGCGCCAGCCUGACAAACACCACGGGCAGUAGCUGGUACCUCGUAGGCAAGGUCUUUCUGUGGCUCGACGACGAGGGCAGCAUCACGACGGGAGUCAUCACCAAGAAGACGAACCGGGAGCCUGACAUUGCAUUCUCGCAGACGCUCAAGCAAAAUGCAACGGGAUUCAACUCGACGCUGGACUUCUCUUUGGCGGUGCAACGUGACUUCACAAUCACAUCGCUAAUCAGUACGCAGAAGGGCAACGGCACGGCAACAUGGACACAGAGCCUCUCGUACUCCAACGUGGGAGGUAUAUAUGCCAACGGCUACGGAGGAAUCAACACGUUUUCGACAAUCGGCGAGGAAACGUCAAAGGUUCCCGGUUGGGACUACAAGACGACCUUUUCGUACCCGCUCUAUUGCAACACUACCACGUCGUACCUUCCUGCGGGGAAUCUUACUCUCUGGGCGCAGUUAGACCAAGGACUCAAGCUCCAUGUCCAGGGAAACACUGUCUACCCGACCGGUCUUGAAUAUUUCGAGGGCGGAGGGUCAAAGUGGGCCGGCAGCGUCAUCGACACGGACAGAAACGGCACGGCGAACUACUCCCGCUAUGGGGAUAACACGGUUACUUCAGGAGCCGGACGUACCCAUCAGAUCUUCCAUCUCAGAGGGCUGACUAGUGAUGGUACCUACGAGACACCGGGAACAGAGCUUUACUUCCGCGACGUGACUGCGUAUAACAAUUCUGUAAUAGCAGACAAAGAAAUUGUUGCGGGCAAAGUUGUCAAGGGACACGUGUAG